AGUCGGCUGCAGACCCCGGAAGUGCAACUCGAACUUGGUCGGGGCGCGGAUCCCGAGAGGGAAAGUCAUAACAACCGCACGAGGGAGUUCGGCUGGCGAGCUGGAAGGCCACGCCUCCUCCCGCCUACCCCCUCAGCCCUGCGGCUGGGGGCAGAGCUCAGACUGUCUUCUGAAGAUUGAUGUCUAUUUCCUUGAGCUCUUUAAUUUUGUUGCCAAUUUGGAUAAACAUGGCACAAAUCCAGCAGGGAGGUCCAGAUGAAAAAGAAAAGACUACAGCACUGAAAGAUUUAUUAUCGAGGAUAGAUUUGGAUGAACUAAUGAAAAAAGAUGAACCACCUCUUGAUUUUCCUGAUACCCUGGAAGGAUUUGAAUAUGCUUUUAAUGAAAAGGGGCAGUUAAGACACAUAAACACUGGGGAGCCAUUUGUUUUUAACUAUCGAGACGACUUGCACAGAUGGAACCAGAGAAGAUACGAGGCUCUUGGAGAGAUCAUCACAAAGUAUGUAUAUGAGCUCCUGGAGAAGGACUGUAAUUUGAAAAAAGUCUCUAUUCCAGUAGAUGCCACUGAGCAUGAACCAAAGAGUUUUAUCUUUAUGAGUGAGGAUGCUUUGACAAAUCCACAGAAACUGAUGGUUUUAAUUCACGGUAGUGGUGUUGUCAGGGCAGGUCAGUGGGCUAGAAGGCUUAUUAUAAAUGAAGAUCUGGACAGUGGCACACAGAUACCUUUUAUUAAAAGAGCUAUGAAUGAAGGCUAUGGAGUCAUAGUACUGAAUCCUAAUGAAAACUAUAUUGAAGUGGAAAAGCCAAAGACACAUGUGCAGUCAUCUUCUGAUAGUUCAGAUGAACCAUCAGAAAAACGAGAAAGAAAAGAUAAAGUUUCUAAAGAAACAAAGAAGCGACGCGAUUUCUAUGAAAAGUACCGUAACCCCCAAAGAGAGAAAGAAAUGAUGCAGUUGUAUAUCAGAGAAAAUGGUUCUCCUGAAGAACAUGCAGUCUAUGUUUGGGACCAUUUUAUAGCCCAGUCUGCAGCUGAGAAUGUAUUUUUUGUUGCUCACAGCUAUGGAGGACUUGCUUUUGUUGAACUGAUGAUUCAACGAGAAGCAGAUGUAAAAAGUAAGGUAACUGCUGUGGCCUUGACAGACUCCGUUCACAACGUGUGGCAUCAAGAAGCUGGCAAGACGAUUCGAGAGUGGAUGAGAGAGAACUGUUGCAAUUGGGUCUCCAGCUCAGAACCAUUGGACACAUCGGUGGAGUCCAUGCUCCCUGACUGCCCCCGGGUCUCAGCAGGCACCGAGCGUCACGAGCUAACUUCCUGGAAGAGCUUCCCGUCUAUUUUCAAAUUCUUUACCGAAGCCUCAGAGGCCAAGACCAGUUCCCUGAAGCCGAGUCUGACGCGACGCUCCCACCGCCUAAAGCACGAAGAGCUGUAAGGAGGGCGGGCGGGGGCGCCGGGCCGCGCCCUGCCGGCGUCCGCGCCUCCCCGCCGCUCGGCGAGCAGACUCCCGGCCCUCAUUAGAUUGUUUUCUUCCUAGAGCACAGGGUCGGGAUAUAUACAUCUAAAUAGCGUUUUGCAUUAUUUCUAGAUGAGUGCAACUGUCAAAGCAAUAUGGGUUCACUGGUCGCGCUUCCUGCGGGCUGCGCUCGGCCCGGCUGCCCGUCAGCGCGCAGAUUAAGGCUGACAGCGCCCUGCCCGGCGCGGCUCGCGCGGCUCUAAUUGCUCGGACGGAGCCCGCGCUGGCGCGGAGGGGCGCGCGGUGUCCGCGCGGUCCUGCCGCCCGCCGUGACGCAGCGCCGC